GCUCAGCGCCGCGGAACCGCCGCCCCCGCCAUCCCGCCGCCACGCACCGGCCCGGGGGGCGCCGGCUCCGCGGCUGCCCUUCCUCCUCCUCCUCCUCGGCGAGCGAGUCUCCGUAGGGGUGUCCGACCUUCCUCCUCCCGCUGCCGCCGCUCCCGGGCGAACCGGCUGUGUGUCUCAGCCGGCGGGGCUCAUUGGGCGGGCGGUGGGGGCUGCCCCGCACACGCGUGGGCCCCACGCUCCUCUGAAGGCGUCACCGCAUCCCGCGGCCCCGGGCGGGGGGAGCAGCGCGCAGCACCCGCCGCACCGCCCGGCCCCGGCCGCCGCGCACCGCGCCGGGCUCCGAGCUCCCAGCGCUGCGCGGGGGCGAGGUGCGGCGGGAGGGGAAGGGGGAGGCUCCUUCUCUCGCUCUGUCUCUUGUUUUUUUGCCCUCUCCUUUCGCCUCUUUGCUAGAUGCCCGGGGAGGUGAGAGGAGCGGGAUCGGCGCCUCCGCCUCCCGGCUGCCGCAGGCUUCCUCUCCCGCAAUACAUUCGCGCAUACGGGGACGGAGCCGGCCCCGGGGCUCAGCCUCGGUGUGAGCGGGGGAGGGGGGGGGCUGGGCGGGAGGGAGCUCCCGCUUCGGUCACCGCAGCAGCAUCCAAAAGGCAACCGGGUCAAACUUUGCAGAAACUCGCUCGUAGCCUUUCCCGCGCCCCCCGCAACGCGCCGGCCGGCUGCUCCCCGUCCCCGGGCAGGGACCGCCGCGUGUCCCCGGCCCCGGCGGUGGGGCAGCAGCAGGUCGUGGCUUCACCUCCCCCAGCUCCCUGCCUCCGUCUUUCGCCUAGUCCCAUCCCUCCCCCUGCAUUUCGCUUUUAAACUGCAGCUGUUGAAGCUAAAGCUCCUUUGCAAAAAGCAGCAUUUCCUCCCCCAGCUCCGUGGAUUGUGGGUAAUGUAGUUUGGGGGGGUUUUUUGAAGCAUCUUUUUUCCCCCUUUCUGUUAUUUUAAAUUAAUUUAACUGCGAUGUGCUUUCACUUCAGUUUUCAGAUGAAGCUUUCUCCUCUCCCAGCCGGAGCUCGGUUGGUAGAUUUGGUGAAGAGCUGGUCUCCUCAUUUGCAAAACCUGUAGCCCGGGGCUGUCUGGGCUGUGAUUCAAGCGACUGACAAACGCGAAGCUCUCCAUAGCAGCAGAGGGACUCGGGAGUAGCUGGAAUAGAGAACGAGAAGGUGCUGAGACAGCAGCGGCCUGUGGGAAAGUUGUAAAGUUUUAUUACAGAGAGUUUGAGGAGUGACUUUGCUGGCUGGUCCUGCUGACCAUCAGCCAGCUGAGCAUCCGAAUUGCAGGGGCUGAGCACCAGGUGAGGGGCGCGUGUCUGGCUUUUUGGCAGUAGCUGCUGUUUGGUGAGCCUUACACGGGGCUCUGGAUGUGUGUAUCCUCUGUGACCUGUUUCUAAAUAGGAAACCUGGGGAACUGAGAGGUAAAAAUUGCUUUGCCGUGGUGCAGUACAGCAGUGCAGAGCUGAGUAAAUGUCUUUUAGCCCUUCCUGCUCUCAGCAGGUCUGAUAAGCUCAUGCAGUGCCUGGCUCUUGCUUCCUGCCCUCUGGCAGGCAGGAGAGACCAGAGCUACUGGGUGAUCCUGACAAGCGAAGCCACCGCACGAGGGGAGGCAGAUUUGCUCCUUUCCACCCACAGCAGGUAGAAAAAAAACCACAGAGUCUAUAUCAUCAUGUUUUUCUUCUGCACGUCUCUCAAAGCGUUGGCUGAGUCUUUGUUUUCAACUUCCCAAUCUCUGCAAAGGGCACAAUUGGAGUCACUGGCCCUGCAGCUGAUACAGAAGCUAAGAACACACUCCAGUUACCAGCAGCUUACUACCACUUAGUACAAAAAAGAAUGAAAUGAGCAUCUCAGAAUGAAAUAUCCAGUUGCUUCAGCAGCCUCCAGAAGGUGCUGAAAUCCUUUGACAUUUCCAAGACUCUUUCACACUUUUCAAACAAGCUUGUCACAGUUUCUCAGAGCAUUAUGGAUCUGGUGAAACUGCAUGUUCUGCGACUCUGCUGAAGCUUCAGCCAGGUCUUGCUUCAGCUUCGCUGUCUCUGGGGUUGUGGACAACUAGGAAAUUGCAUUAUCUCAUUCUAAUUAAAUCAGCUUUUUGUCUUCAGCUGGAGUUUUCUUUGGGUUUUGGUGCUGCCUGUCUCCAUCGUGCUGCUGUAAGGGAUUAAGGCAUCAGCACACUUCACCCCAGUGUGGCUGCAUUGAGCUGUGCACAGAACUGUUCCUGUGCCCGGGAGCGUGCUGCUCGCUGAUGGAUUUGCCAGAGGUGUGAGGCCAGGCUGUGGUAGGGAAGAAUUAGGAGUGUCUGGUGAUACUGUGAGUUGUAUUUCCUUCUGCUGCUCCUCCGAUGUGCCUGUCCCCACCUCAUCAUGGCACAGCUGUGUUCCAUUCCUGCCCUUGCUCCCCCAGCAUCCUGUGCCUCUGUGUCCUCUCACCACAUUUCCCAGCUUUACUGAAAUCCAGACUCUCCCCUUUACCAUCUGAGCAGCAGCGAAUAAAAGCAGCCCAGCAGAGGCAAUGCCCACGCCAUGCUACCGGGACUGGCACUGCUGCCUGGGCUCUAAAUGCUGCAGAAUAUUGUGUUUUAGUUUGGCCCUAGAAGAAUCCCACCCAGGAACACUGCAGGUUCACUUUGGCUGCAGGAGCUGCUUCUUGGCCAGAGGCUGAAUGCAUCAGAGCUGCCAGGGAACUGCGGAGAAAGGGGACCUUGCUGUCCCUCCAGUUUCCAGCGUGGGCUGCGUGGCCACUGGGGAACUGGGCUGAUGCUGUGUGUGGCUGUGGCUACUGGGGAACUGUGGCCAGCAGCCCCCAGCCCCAGGGACUGCUGCCAGGCAGGGGGGAGCACAGCUUGGGGCAAGUAGAGUGGGUGGAUGGAGCGUGUUGGAUUUGUCUGUCUGGGUGUUCUCCCAGAGGUGCUCGAUGACCUGUGUGGAUCAGGGUGUCAGGACUGGAAUAGCCCUGGCAGAGCAGGAUAUUUAUAAUCCCCUGGUUUUGUGGCUGUCUUGCAGCAGGAUGAUGCUCCUCAUAGCCCCAGUGCAGGGACUGGGAUGUUUCCUUCUCCAGCUUGGUUCCUGUAGCUGGGACUGGUGGGGACAGCCUGCCUGGCUGCAGGAGAGACCAAAUUGCUCUCCUUUGCUGCUGCACCUUUCACAGGGGUUUGCUGGCACUCCUGGCAUCCUGCACUGCCCUUCCUCCCACCCCUUCCCACGAGGUACUCUUGCUGAGGUGUGAAGCUGGGUUUUUACAAGGAGGCUGGGGGAGCUCUGUGUGUGAGGCAGAGAAAUUCCCUCAUGUCAGUGUCUGCAGAGAGACCAGCACCAGAUUAAAUUAACUCUCAGAGCUUUCCAGGUACUUUUUUCCCCGUGACAGCUCCUGGGGAACACGCUCAGCAUCCCAGGCUGGGCAGGAGGGAGACAGGAGUGUGACUAUUCCUGCAGAUUCCUGACCACCAGCUUUGACCCUUUGCCCACUGAUGUUUGCAAAGAGCCCCAGACAGCAGCAGCCCUGCAUGGAGCAGGGGAGACAGGGAGGCCAUCCAGCGAUGGCUAUAGCCAAGUCAAGUCAGUGACAACAGUUAUCUCCCUGGCCAAUGUCAGGUGGGCUGAGAUUUUCCACAAGCCUCGGAGCUGGGCAGUGGGAUGAGGGCAGGGAGAUAGGCACUGACUGCCCUGAUAGUGCAGGAAUGGCAGUGAUGGGAGAGGAGCUGGUGAGUGUCGGUGUGUGGCAGUGUCUGUGCAUGCUGCCAGGCUGCCACAGCCCCAGAUGGUACCUGAGCUGAUGGAGCUGUGGUUUAUGGGCUGAAGGGGGGGUGCCUGAGGGAGAGAUGAGCUCUUGCCCUGGCUAAGAUCAUCAUUACAGGCUGAGGGCAGGUUCCCGGAGAGUGUGAUUCAGGAACAAAUUGCUGUGUGUUAUUUUCCUUUGAUUUGUUAGGGGGAGAAUAUGAGCAAAGCCCAGGACAAGGGCUCCUCAGGACAUCUGGCACUUGCUUGGCCAAGCAUUGCCCUCACCUCUGGCCAGGCUGUUGGUCAGGCAGGCACAGGCUGGAUGUGUAGCUCAUCUACAGGAUUUUCAGGACUAUGGAUGCAAUCAAAGUACAGCAUUUUUCUGAUUAUCUUAGAAAGCCAAGAACUGUCUUUCCUUUAGCACUUUAGCUCUCCAGUGCAUUUUGGAUAAGACUUUUAAAGAUACCUGCAUGCCUGAUGCCCAGGGAAUAGAUCUAUACAAAUUCUCACCUCUGUAACUGGACAUUUGUGUGAGCAAAUGUCACUGACAGCAAGAGAUGUUCUGCUCCUCGGUGUGAUACUCAUCUUCUCUACUUCUCUGUCCAUGGGGAAUUUCCAGCCUAUUUCAUAGUAAUAAUUCUGUUCCUUGAGCCUGUGAGUGGUCUGGAGCUGUGGCAUUGGCCAGGAAAGGCAGCUCAGUGCUGGCAGCCCAGGUGGAUCUGUCUCAGGGGGUGGCUGCUGUCCCCUGGGCAGGACAAGCUGGUGAUCUCUUCCCAGAGGUGCUUGGGGCUUAGAUCCCCGUGGCUGUGGGUCAGGGACUGUAGCAAGAUCAUUCAGACCUGUAAACUGGAUCUGCAACACAGAGAUGGUUUCAGGGGCUCACCCAGUGGGAGAUACUUGAGGGGCUGUGGUGGGGAGCUGGGCGGCUGACGGCAGCCGUGCACAGACCAAGGGAUGGAGCACAAUGCCAGGAGGGGUGGAAGAUCUUCCCUGUCCUCUGCAGGAGGACUCUCCAGGGUCUGGCAUGAGCCCAUGGCAUCCAGCCCACACUGCAGACAGCCUUCCUCCUCCCCAGCCCACGGUGCCCACUCCCCAGGGACUGGUACCUGUGCUGCUGCUCCCCGGCAGCUCGGGGCUGUGGCUGGGGCUGCCGCUGGGUCAGUGUGGGAUCUGCAGCUGGAGGAUGCAGCAGAGUGUGUGGUAUUGAGGCCACGCUCAGCGCUGGGGGCAGGGGGAUGGGAAUUCAUUAACGGUGUCUUGUCUCUUUUAAUCAGGAGGCAGGUGCUGCUUCUCCUUGGGCCCAGGGACGAGGUUCCGUUAGAGACUGCAAUGCCAGCAUCCCAGCCACGGUCCAGGGCAAGAGACAGGAAAAAUGUCCUCAACAGGGCUGAGUUCCUCUCCCUGAAUCAGCCCUUGAAGGGGAACCAGGAGAACAGGAGCUCCGGCAGAAAGCAGAGCGGCCAGGCCGGGGCAGCCGGUGCCCAGAGCAGCAACCCCAAGGAGCGGAGGCAGUCGCAGCAGCUGCCCGAAGAGGACUGCAUGCAGCUCAACCCCUCCUUCAAGGGAAUCGCCUUCAACUCCCUCCUGGCCAUUGAUAUCUGCAUGUCCAAGAGGCUGGGAGUGUGUGCCAACAGAGGCUCCUCCUGGGGGGGUGCCCGCUCCAUGAUUAACCUCCUGGGGAUAACGGGGCACGGGAUCCCCUGGAUUGCGGGGACGCUCAUCUGCCUGGUGAAGAGCAGCACGCUGGCAGGCCAAGAGGUCCUCAUGAACCUGCUGCUAGCCCUGCUCCUGGACAUCAUGAUUGUGGCUGGUUUGCAGAAGCUGGCCAAGCGCAAGGGCCCGUACGACAUCAGCCCUGGCUUGUUGGACUACCUGACCAUGGACACGUACGCGUUCCCGGCCGGGCACGCCAGCCGGGCAGCCAUGCUCUCCAAGUUCUUCCUCAACCACCUGGUCCUGGCCAUCCCUCUGAGGAUCCUGCUGGUCCUCUGGGCCCUCUGCGUGGGCUUGUCGCGCGUCAUGAUCGGACGGCACCACAUCACAGAUGUCCUGUCUGGCUUUGUUUUCGGCUACUUACAGUUCAGGCUGGUGGAGUUGAUAUGGAUGUCAUCCAACACGUGUCAGAUGUUGAUAUCCAUCUGGUGAACACGAGGGACUUGAAGCCUUUCCACUGGAAACUAGCAGAUACUUUAAGUCUCCCUGGCGGUGUUUUCUGCGUGUUGUUUGUGGGAAGCAGCUGUAACUUCCAUGAGUAGUGGCAUUUUUUAAUGUUGCUUUCUCACCUGAAAAGAAAACCCAAGGCAAUCGAUAUUUUCUUGCAAUGGAUUGGACUUUAGCAGUCAAGGGCCAUGCCCGUGCUUUGGCCGUGUUCUCAAACUGUGCUUGAACAGCAAGCUUUAGGGGUGAGAGAAUUGAUCUGCCUGGUUUGGGUGGUUCACCUCAGCACCUCGAGGUGUCCUCAGGAUGGGCAGAGCCUGAAUGCUUCCUGACAACACCUCCCUUAAACUUUUUGGAGGCUGAAUGAUUCUGGCCACAACGCUUUUUCUUUUGGUAAGCCCAGCAGUUGUGUCUUGUGCAGAGUCAGGACACUGCUGGCACUUUGCAGAUAAUAAAUAAUCACACCAAUCC